UUGGCUUCCACUUUUCAUUUUAUUCAUUAGACAUGUUUCCUUUUAUGUGCGUGUAGUGUUAUCUUGAAAUCUUGAUAUUCAUCAUUUGCACAAUAGUGCAAAUGUUACUUUUCUUUAGAUCUAGCAAGUUUGUUCUUUUGAAAAAUAUUCUUGGAUGUUUUUUCAGUGGUUUUCCAAUUGAUUUACUACUGUGGUUGUUUCUAUCUUUUUUUGUUUAUAUGUACUUUAUUGUAAUCUCAUUCAAGUAAACAAUAUUUGUUGCUCUUUAUGGUAUAUCAAGCUUUGUGAGACAUAUUUGAUUGUUGGAAUGACAAUAUAUUUGUUUAGCAUUUUGGGGUUGGACUCUUGGUUCAAUUGAAAUAACAUGGAAGUACUCAUCCAAUUUUCAUUUGAAGGACCCAAUAAACUAUUUCAAAUGUAAAGCAUUCCACGUUUUUUAGUUUUCGUUUCUCUUCUGUUAUAUUAUCAAGAUACUACUUUUUUUUGAGUUUAUCGAGAAUGAUAGUUGGUAAUUUGAUGAAUAAAUGUGAUUUUGGAAGCAUAAGAUUGAGACAUGAAUGUAUACUUGCAUUAUGUGAUUGUUGCUUUGAGUAAAUGUGGAGUAGUUGAGGCCUAAUAUCAUGCAUUUUGAAUUGCUUUGAAAUAGAGUUGGAAUGUUCUACUUCCACUCAAUCAUAGGAGUUCUUGUGAAAUCAUAUUUGUUUGCCAAAACGCCGCCCAAUUGAUCCUUAAAAGUUUAACAUGGGACAUGCAUCAUUUUGAAAAAUUCAAUGGCCCUUCCUUUUAGAAAUUUCUUUUACCAUGAAAAAAAAAAGGAAGAAAGAAUAGCAAAAAAAAGGAAGACUACAUAUACUCCGCUGGUUUAGGUCACUUAGUAACUGGUUAACUUCAUCACAAAUGUUGUUAUUCACGUAAAACGGUGACUAGAGCCAUGAGUAUGCAAAACACUUUAGGUAAAACGUUAUUUGGUUGAGUAAUCGGGUGCCUUCACCACAAGUGUUGUCAUUCGCGUCAAAAGACCGAAAUACGACGUUUUUUGGUUGAGUAACUGGGUGCCUUCACCACAAGUGUUUUCAUUCGCGUCAAAAGACCGAAAUACGGCAUAAAGAACGUAAGUCAUUGGCAAAAACAAAGAAAAAAGAAAGGAAAUAAAAGCCGUGACAACAAAAGGGGAAGAAAAAAGGAAAAAAAAUCAUUAGUGGCCAAAGAAAAGAAAGAAUAACAAAAGUCGUCCCAACUUAGGUAGAAAUAAGGAGAUAAAGGGUAUUGUGUUGAAGUGAUGAGUAUGGUGACAUUUAGAAACCUAUGAUUUUGUGGAAGCUUGAUUGUUCUACUCUCUACUUCGCGAGACAAAGUGUUGUGAUGUGAUUGGCCUCUUAUCCUCAUUAUGUUAAGUUAGUGUUUGCAUAAUGUAUUGCUGCAUUUGUGUUAUUCAGAUUAUCUGCAUAUAGGUUAUAGGUUACAUUUGUUGUUACGGAAUAUUGGAACAAUGUUGAGAACAUGUUUUUUGUAGUUGGACUUUUGCUUGAGGACAAUAAUUGUUUAAGUUUGGGGAGUUUGAUUAGCUUAGCUUUACAUAUUUAUAAUAGUGGAUAAUAGUAUUUCGUGUGUGGGAGGCAAUAACUUCAAAAAAUUGCAACAGUCUUUUCCUCCUAUUUUUGCUUUAUAUCUAAAAAUUGUCACAUUUCUUGAUGGCUAUCUGAAAAUCCUGUGUAAAAGCCUUUAUUUAGACUUUAUCUAACUACUAUUUUUGAUUGGGAGGUGAUAGAUUCUGACCGUGAUAUUAUUUUACCAAUAUAACUAAGAAUAAUUAUCCUAAAAAUGUUUAAAUGCUAUAUUAUUAUAGUUGUCUUUUAUUUUAUGGAUUUUUCCUCUUAGAUGACCAUAUUAGCACAGGGUAAAGAGAACCUCUCAAAGCUACAUGAAAUAUACAUUUUGUCUAAGAGAUGUUUGGUGGUGGCAUUCCUAAGAAGGAUGGAAAAAUUGAUUGUGCUGAAGACACUUUCGCCAGGCAAGAUGAAUGGAUUUGACCAGACAGUUAAUAUGAAGGUUAUCAUGGAAACUAACCAAGCAGACACUUUGGAUCCUGCCCUCCUACGUCUAGGAAGACUUGAUCGUAAUAUUGAGUUCCCUUUGGCAGAUAGAUGUCAGAAGAGGCUCGUCUUUCAGGUUUGCACUGCUAAAAUGAAUUUAAGUGAUGAGUUAGAUUUGGAGGACUAUGUGUCUCGACCAUAUAAAAUCCGUGCAGCUAAGGCCGGAGGUCAAAGCAGUGACUGGAGAACCUUUGCAACAUUUGUGUACCAUGAAUUUUGUUUCACUAGCUGUUGUACAUGGGCUUGCCCUCCAUUGAAAGGGGAAGAUUGCAUUUUGUAUUGCAACCCAGGAAUUCAAAAGACACCAAAAUCAGAUAAACUUAGGGAGUGUGAAUGCAAAGCAAAGGUAGCUGCAGCUCGGUUGCCAUACUUUUGAUUGGGAUUAUGGGCUUGGUGCUCCAAAGGACAUGAUCUAUCAACUACAACAAGAAGAGGACCGGAGAAAACAACUUAAGAAGGGACUAUGAAAAAGAUGAUCACAAAAAAAGCUCUGGAGGCAUCUAGCCAUACUGUGCUUGGUGAAACAAUGUCUCCCAGGAAGGAAGACUUCGUCAUGGUACACUUACAGCAUGCAUGUGCACACACACUGCUGCAUUCUGAUCGUCUAAGGAAAUUGUUGGGUUUUCAAACAAUGCAAAGAUUUUCAGCUAUGUGAAAAAAAAUGGUUUGGUCUCGAGAAAUUGGUUGAUGCCAAUAUGAGGAUAUGUAAACAUGUAGAAGAGGAAGUCGAGAUAUUUAAGGAUGCUGUGGAUGAGACCAAAGAAA